GGGGGGGUCAGUAUGGUGGAAUGGUGUUGUACACAAAGGCCAAGGUGUGUUGGGUUUGAGUGAGUUUUUGAUGUCCGUGUUUCACACAAAGACAGGACCUCCUGAAUAGGCUGGACAGACAAGUCAGAGGAGGAUUUGUCCUGGGCUCUGUCCAAAUCUACAGUGCCCUACUCUCCUGGAGUGAUGUAUCCAACAAUGGGAUGAAUGCUGUUGGUAAAAGUCAGAUUUAUUGGAAUGUAGGUCUUGACUUUCUAAAGUAAAGGGGUCUUGAAAAAGCCACACUAAACAAGGUGGUUUUUGUUUUAAUAAUACACUUUAAAAUGGAUGUGGCGUGAGGGUAGGCUACUAAGUGUUUCCUUAUCCACAGUGUGGCUAUUGGGAUGAUUAUCUAGUCACAAAAAAAGCAGAGGGCAUCUUAACUCCAGCUACAUAGGGGUGUGUUAAAGUCUACUGCUGAUGCUUUUUUUCUUCUUUGUUUAAUGCCAAAAAAUACACCUAGUGCCCAACAAAGGAUUAACCCAAAUCUAACCACAAUGUGUUUAGUAUACAAAUAUUUUUUAAAGAUCCUAAAGAUGUUAUUCACUUUUAGUUAAGGGGACUGGGUGAUUGAUGCUAAUUGGAAGGCUCCCGUUUUCUAUGAGUGUGACAGGGAGUCUCAAUGUUUACAGUAUAUGAAAUGCUGUCAUUUCAGUACACUUGACCAUCUAUUAUGAAGGAAAUGUUUGUGCGAGAUAAUGUCCAAAUUCUAUUGUUUUAAAUAUGAAAUAUAUAUAAUGUUUUAUUACAGACUCCCCAGACAUACACAAUACAGACUACUGAUUGGUGGAAAUCUUGGAAGCGUAUUUUUUUUAAAUCGCGCGGCAUACCAUUUGAAUGGCGCCGGAAUCUGUGAGUAGGUGCAAGCAUGGGAGGGGGGGGGGGAGUCCACCAAUUUGUCACGAAAUUGUCACAUUCGGUGCAAGGAAAUAGGCGCUCUUGGGGGCGACAUCCAUCCCGAGUCAUCGAGGGCGGACCCCUCUCUUAUUGUUUUCGGGGAGGGGGGGUGGGGGGAGAUCACUGACUGCAGCUUCAAAGCGACCCAGAUAAAGGCCGUAAUUGGAAGGCAAAGACACAGAGCCCUCCAAGUUAGAGAUCACCGAUAAGGGAAACAUUCAACAUGUUGCUGACAGCAUUACUAAACGAUCCUUUUAGUGGCAUUGUCUCCUGGCCAUAAGAUGCCGCGCAUGUCAAAGGGAUUUAAACACUUUGAGGAGUUGCACAGUGAGGAUAAACGCCUCAGUUCUUGGCUUGUCUCCCCCAAACCUCUUUUGUCUUUUAACCUUGUUCAUGUAUUUCCCUUUAUCAAUUAGAUAGUAUGUACUUUAAAUGUCACAGCGAUAUUUUCCCUUAAAUGAAUAAAACAUUCUGGAAAUCUUCAAAUUCUGAAAAGACAUGUCACUGAGUGUCUGAUCUCACUUUUAUGAAAAUGUCAGCCCAUGUAGACUUAUUAUUUUAGGUUCUUGAAUGUGCGACUAUCCUUCUUUUUUUUUUUUUUUACUACCUUUCCUUUUUUAAACUUACAAGGACUUCUCUCUUUCCUGUUCGCCAUAGCCUCGACAUUUCCCCUGAUACCUAAGAGCUCACAUAAGCUGAAUUUGCAUUUCAACUGCUGGUCAAUCAGAUGCAAUUGUGUGGCUACUGUAAUGCCUUUGAUCUGUGAUGUUUAAACCAGACUAGGCCAAAGGCUGGCUGAGACGGUGGCGCCAUGGCCCUCCGGGGUAUGGAGGAUGUGCUAUACCAAACCAUUUCAACUGUAUUGUUAUUGCUAUUCUAUCAGUCAACAAGGCGCAGGACAAUUGCAAGAUUCUUUCGCAAGGAAAACCCGCACCAGACCACUUUGUAUUCAUCGUCGGCAUAGUUUAGAGUCUACUAUUAACUGCUCUGUUGCAAUUGCAAAUACGCUGUUUAUCUGCAACAUAAGUUUGCAAAUAUUUUAAUUGAAGUUUAGAAAAAUAUAAAGAUAUAAGAUAUGUGGAACCAUCUGACAUAUGACGCCAAAAAUGUAAUUCAAAGCUACUAUAUGUUAUGAAAUGAUCUGGCAGCACUAAGCAUGAAGAUAAAGAUCAAAUAACUUAUUUUUGUCUUUCUAAUGUGUCUCUGACAUUACAUGUCCACAUUUUUAAAGGAAUUGGCUCUAUUUUUAUUAAAACACAACUGCUAUAUAAGACACCAGAAAAACGUUUGAUGUUAUGUCUUGCUUGAAGUCCAGAUGCUGACUUUUUUUCUAGCCAGGCUUGAACCGGGCAGAUAGGCUAGAUGUAUGAGCUCGUGAGGUUCUCACAGACAUCAUGGCGCCAGGCUUUCACACAAUCACAGGAUAUGUAAAGACUUCAACAACGACCCAUUAGCCUUAAUGAUUGAGAAUUGAUCAGGCGUUAACGCACCUAUCCAUAUGUUAAUGAAGGAGGAGGCCAGGACCUAUAUAUAGUGGGCCUUAGUUGAGAUGCUGUCACAACACAGCCUGACCUCAAUUGGAUACAGUUCGUUGCUCAAGAGACAGACGAGCCUUACUACUGCAAACAUGGUGAAAUUCUUCUCCGUGGAUUGGCUCAUCCAGAGCGAUGCACCAACCAACAUGGAACUGGAACCUAAGGAGAUGUAUUCGACUCAGUUCCGACCACACGUUCCUUGUGUUGUGCAGCCUCGCCAGCCAACGUGUUUUGAUAAAUCUUACCUUCAACCAAAGCCAAGAGUAAAGCACACUUUGGAUUGCACCGAUAAACCUACGGAACAGGAGCCUGUUGAGACUCCAGUCUGCCGUCCAGCAAGUUGCCCCUCACCAAUUUCAGAAAUAAGUGGUUAUUCAUCUGGCUAUGAAAGUGAAGCGGCCUCCUCCGAAUGCCCUUCAGUGGAUGGGAUCGAAGCGGAGGGAGAGGGUGCCCAGCGUCGGGUCCGAACCAAAUUCAUCCCAGAACAAAUCCAGAAGCUCGAGAAAAUCUUCAACAAACACAAAUACCUGGACGCAGGGGAGCGAGCUAAAACUGCCCUGAAGCUAAACCUCUCUGAAACACAGGUGAGAACAUGGUUCCAGAACCGAAGAAUGAAGGUGAAACGUGAAGUCCAGGAUUUGCGCCAUGAGUACCUGCCUGCCAUGGUAUUCCCGCCCGUUCCAUCUGUUCAGUACCACAGCUACGGAGGACAGCAGAUCCAGUUCUCCCCCACUGCCAACAUGCUUUAUUCGCAUAUGGGUCAACAAGUAGGGGUCCAGCGGAUGACCAUGCAUCAGCCUAUCCACCCGAUGUCUGCUGCUUAUUACUACUGAAGGCUUUGAAAAAAAAAAGACUUAUCCCCACUGCUGCUAACACUUAUGUUGAAUAGUGCAAUACUGAACAGUUUGUUGAUUUGUAUAAAGUGUACAUGCCUAUUGUAAAAUUCUAUACAAUUUUGUAGAGAUUGAAAAAGUUCAAAAGUCUAUUUAUUGCCGUUUUAAUAAAAAAUAAAUAUAUA